AUGACUGUGCUUGUCUGUGAAGUGGAAAAGGCAUUCCUAAGCCUCGGUGUUUUUAACGACCCCAUUACACUCCCCACUUUACAAACAGACGAAGGGGACGCUCCAUCGCUGAUGGAAACCAAGCACCAUUGGCUGAACAGACCCUGUCUCCUGGUGCUCAAAGAUGGGGAUGUAACUAAACCUGUGCUAGGUUGCAGCCAAAUCCGACCGGAGUCCCCAACCAAAGCCCCAUCGGAUGGAAAAGUGCCCAGUUCUGAGGAUGCUGUGGACCACCAGAAACCUUCUGAGCAUGCUCAGUCCUGGCAAGCUGUCCAAAAGAGCUCAGCAUCCCAGCUGGAGAGCCAGUCUGACAAGCUGCUUAAACAGCUGGAGGAGGGAACCUGCACUGUGACCACCAUCUCCGCAUGGGGGGAGAGGUGUUUUGGGGAGGCCUCCAGCCCUUUGGUGCUGAGUCCCACAGAGGCCACCUGGCCAGAGGAGGAGCACGAGGAGGAGGUGGAGGAAAGGAGACCCCGGCUCCUCCCGUCAAAGGAGGACUCGGUCGUUGAGGAGAAGGAACGUGAAGAGAGCCACCUGGAGCAACAGGAGCACUGCUAUGCCAACGGACCUUCCCCGGCACCGUCCACUCUCACGUCGGGGGAGCCAUGCAGCACCGCAACGUCUGAUGAACUCCAGAGCCGGGCUAAACUCCGCCACCACCACCACCACCACGCCCCUGGCCUUAACGGACACCAGAAGACGGCCCACGCUGCCGGCGUGAUGGGCGACGGUGUGAUGGGCGACAUCUCACCCUCCGUGGACCCCGACAACGAGAAGCUGCCGGCACCCGCUGGUAUCUUGUCCAAGGAACGAGGCGUCGUUCUGGGCGAGGUGGCUCCGGUCUGGGUCCCCGACGCACAGGCUCAGGUCUGUAUGAAGUGCGAGGUCAAGUUCACCUUCACCAAGAGGAGACACCACUGCCGUGCGUGUGGGAAGUUCAGACUCUCACACCUGGACGGCAAAGAGGGGCGGGUUUGCGCUCCGUGUCACUCAGCACUGGUGAAAAGGACACCCCCCAGGGGAAAGAGGAGGGUGUGGUUCGCCGAUGAGAUCCUGAAAAACAAGCUGUCCGGGUCUGCUCCCACCACACCGGCCCGAGGGCCGGCCUUCUCCCCUCCGAUGAGGAGGUCGCCGGAAGUUCCCAUCAGGGGUCCUGCCAGCUCCCCUCAGCUCAGGAGACCCCUCAGGCCGCAGGAAACGACUAUCAAUGAGGCCUGUGGUCCUUAUGGCUGGGGCAGCACAACUCUAAUGAGCAGCCACAUCAGCAGCUCAGCCAACCUCAUCCCCCUGGACGGCUUGCCUCCCAUCCUCACCUCCACCGGAGUUAAGGGAGAUUACACAGUAGAGGAGAGGCCCUCUGCAAUGCUGCUAAUUCAGGAGCUGGAGAGCGGCCGGCCCAAGCCCCUGGUCUUUGUGCUCAAUGCCAACCUGCUCGCCAUGGUCAAGCUGGUCAACUAUGUCAACAGGAAGUGCUGGUGUGUGACGUCAAAGGGCAUGCACGCCGUGGGCCAGGUGGAGGUGGUGGUGCUGCUGCAGUGCCUGCCGGAAGAGAAGAGCUUCCCCAGAGACAUCUUCCGUCACUUCAUCCAGCUGUACCGGGACGCCCUCGCAGGGAAGGUCGUGAGCCACCUGGCCCUCUCGCUCUUCGGCGGCAGCUUGCUGGGCAGUGACGAGCACGCGGGCUUCUUAUACGUGUGCGCCACCUUUCAGUCCCUUCAGGGUCUACCUCUGCCCAACCAGCCCUACCUCUUUGGCCUGCUGGUGCACCGAGCGGAGGUGGCCUGGGCCAGGGCCUUCCCCCUACGCCUCAUGCUGCGGCUGGGAGCUGAGUACCGAUUUUAUCCAUGUCCUCUGUACAGUGUGCGGUUCAGGAAAGCCUUGUUUGGAGAACCAGGCCACACCAUCAUGAGACUGCUGGUGGACUUCAGGAAUUUCCGCUACAGCCUACCAGUGGUGCCGGGGCUGAGUGUGGACCUGGAGGCUCAGCGGACCUGCAUUAAGAUACCAACAAACGGCUACAAUGAUCUGAUGAAGGCUCUGGAUAAGUCCAACGAGCACGUGCUGGCCAUGGGGGCAUGCUUCAACGAGGCUGCCGACUCUCACCUCAUCUGUGUACAGGCGGAGGACGGGCAGUACCACACCCAGGCCAUCAGCAUCCACAGCCAGCCAAGGAAUGUCACCGGCUCGUGCUUUUUUGUAUUCAGCAGUGCCCUGAAGUCCUCUGCAGGAUAUCUCGCCAAAUCCAGCAUCGUGGAAGAUGGCCUGAUGGUGCAGAUCACGGUGGAGACUAUGGCGGAGCUCCGCCGCUCCCUGCGAGAGAUGAAGGACUACACCAUCACCUGUGGACGGCUCGACCAAUCAGAGAGCCAGGAACAUGUUCACCUGCAGUGGCUGGAUGAGAAAUGCACUUUUAAUAAAGGAGUUUAUAGUCCCAUUGAUGGUAAAUCCAUGGAGUCCAUCAGCAGUACGAAAAUGUUCCAAAAGUCGGAAUACAAGGAAAAUGGGAAGAUUAUCCACUGGACAGAGGUGUUCUUUCUACAAAGGGCAAAUCAACCAAAAGGCGGCGUGAGUGAUUCCACCGAACAGAAUCGGCUUACUGAGCGAAUCGCUCGGGCAUUCUGCCUGGCACUGUGCCCACAUCUCAAACUGUUGAAGGAGGACGGGAUGGCCAAACUGGGGCUCCGUGUCACCUUCAACUCCCAAGAGAUUGGCUUUGUUGCUGGAAGCAAUGGGCAGCCUCUCCCUCCUCAGUACCUCAAUGCCUUGGAUAGUGUGUUGAUCCCCGUUAUCCACAGCAGGGGGCGCAAGAGGGACGAAGAGCCCAUUGUGAUGGAGCUCAUCUUUUACAUCCUGGAAAACAUCACAUAA